AUGAAUCGGUCGAAAGCAAAGACUAGCUAUACAAAGCUGACCUCCAGACAGAGGAUGGAAAUUCUGGACUAUUGGUCAAAGAAUCACUACCCCUAUAGCGUAAUAUGUAAUUAUUUCUCAGAAAAGUGGCAUCAAGAAGUAAAGAAAACGACUGUAGGAGAUCUGAUCCUACAAUGGAAAAGGAAGAAUUAUAUUCGAGGAGUUAAUAAGGUUGACAGCAUCGAUAGAACGCUCCAUUCGUGUGUGAAGGAAAUCGUGCAGAUUCUCGAGGAUCAAAAGCUGCAGGUGUCUGAUGAUAUUUUCUAUUAUAUUUGUUACGGCGAGCUGCUCAAUCGAGGGUUGAAUGCUUUUUCUCUAACCCUGGAUCAGAUAAAGCAGAUUGUUUCAUUGUAUUAUCAUCCUGAUGUGCCUUCUUAUCUUCAGGAUAAUUUAUGUCUUGAAGAUGUUUCAAAGUUGCAACAAAGCUAUUCUCCAUCACAUACGUUCUAUUUGGACUCUUUCCAGCUCUUCUAUCGCUGCAUUCCCUACCGAUCUUACUGCUAUCUGUUUGACACCAAAUACCUGUCUUACCGCGAUAAGAUGGAAGUACUCUUAGUGUUUUCAGCGGAUGGAAAGUCCAAAUUUAGUCCAUUCAUUAGCGGAGAUCGGUUUUCAUCUUCGAUUGAUAGAGUGUUCAGCGUGGUUCCUCACAAGCACGGGAUGUACAAACAUGAUUGA